ACUGAGACCAGGCGGAACGUGCUGAAGCUAUCUGUCGUUCAGUGAUCAGUUGGUGCUUUUCAUUCUCUCCGGAGAGAAAACAGCUGAUAGAGAGCUUAACGACUGAGUCUAUGUAGCCGAGUGACUCUGGAAUAUUAAUUGCGUUUCUUUCUCUCUCUAAAUGAUGUGGUUAUAAUGAGGUGAAGAUGGCCAAGCGACCCGGGACGGACGACGGGAUGUUGACUUCGCCGACCAAUGCGACCAUACUUCGGGAUUCUUCCGAUUUGAACACCGGGGAGGUGAACAUGGACUGCAGCGACGGAGCCGCGGAGGUCUCAUUGGAAGAAAUCCUGAAACUGUACAGCCAGCCGAUAAACGAGGAACAGGCAUGGGCGGUGUGUUAUCAGUGUUGUCGGACUUUAGCGCAGAAAUCUCGGAGGAAAAGCUCCAAGUCUGCCGGUGCUUCAGCCGUCGACUAUCCGAGGAGGAUUGAGGGACCCGGGGAUGUGAAGAUCGGGAGAGACGGGACUGUGAAACUGCACUUUGAAGACCGCACAGAUAAAUACCAACCUGCCCCCACAUCAUUGGAGGUUAUUGACUCACUCGGUGUCAUGAUUUACAAAGCUCUGGACUUUGGCCUCAAAGAAAACGAGGAGCGUGAACUCAGCCCGCCGCUGGAGCGCCUGAUCGACAUGAUGACCAACACAGAAGAAACCGAAAGUGACCCCUGUCCUGACGAGGGCUACGAAGCCACAGAGGAGGAAGAUGAGUGCGAGGAGGAGGAAGAAGAGGAGACCAUCUCUGCCACCACCACAGUCACCAGCAUUCGCAGCUAUCGAGACCUCAUCACGCUAUGUUCUUCACACCUGCCCAGCCCAUCAGACGCCCCCAGCCAUUACCAGGCUGUGUGUCGUGCUCUCUAUGCUGAAACCAGGGAACUACACACCUUUCUGGAGAAGAUAAAGAGUGCCAAGGAGGUUGCAGCCCGUAAACUGAAACCCCACCCACCACGUCCCCGGAGCCUCCACGAGCGACUGCUGGAGGGCAUCAAAGCUGAAAGGAAGCUCAGGCCAGUCUCACCGGACAUGAUCCGCAGAAGCCGCCUAGUCAUGCGACCUCUUAGCAUGUCUUACAGCUUUGACUCAUCAGGUGCAGGGAAAAGCAUCAGCACUCCUCAGGACUUGUUCCGCAGUUCAGACACUCCUGAUGCGCCCAGGAAAUUGGCUGUCAGCACCCAGUCUCUGGCCAUUGGCACCCUGGGAGCCAAUCAAGGUGGAGCGCCCCUUAGCCAGAGGAAGAGGCUACUCAAAGCGCCCCCGCUGGCUGAGUUGGACAGCUCCGAAUCUGAUGAGGAGCCCACACGGAGCAGCUCCAGUAUGUCCACCUCUUUGAUGGAGGACACGUCACCCGAGUCUGUCACAGGGAAGAAGGCUCCUCCAAAGUUCCUGCCGGUCUCUGCUACUCCACAGCCAGACAAGCGUCAGUCUCCACAGAGGCGGCACUCUAUCGAGAAGGAGGCCCCCACCAGCGUCUGCCCCUUUGUACCUCCAUCCAGACAGAGCUCCAAGUCUUUGCGCAUGGCGGAUCCCAGCACCAAGGUGCAAGCCACCAGUGGUGCUCAGGGCACGGAGGAGUUCUGCUACCCGGUGGAGUGUCUGGCGCUGACUGUGGAGGAGGUGAUGCACAUCAGACAGGUUCUGGUCAAGGCCGAGCUGGAGAAGUUUCAGCAGUACAAAGAGAUCUACACUGCCCUCAAGAAAGGAAAGGUUUGCUUCUCAUGUCGGAUGAAGAAGUUCUCUCUCUUUACCUGGUCCUACACCUGCCAGUUCUGCAAAAGGCCUGUGUGUUCCCAGUGCUCUAAAAAGAUGCGACUGCCACCUAAGCCCUACUCCACCUUGCCCAUUUAUUCUUUGGGCCCCAGUGCUGUGGCUAAAGAAGAGGCAAGUGGAGCGUUUGGCCCUGCUGAUCCAGAAAAGCACCCAUUUGGGUCUGGACACAGCAGACACAGCCAACGCAGAAGUGUUUACAAGUCAUCUAAGCAAAGCAGCAGCAGUAGUAGCAGCAAAGAUGGCCGGUCACAGGACGAGCCAGAGCUGCCCAAGGAGUUUACUGAGGACUGGGUCACCAUGGAGAUCUGCGUAGACUGCAAAAAGUUCAUCAUGGAGAUCAUCUCUUCCAGCAAGCGCAGCCUGUGCGUGGCCACCAAACGUGCCCGUCUCAAUCGCAAAACCCAAUCCUUCUACAUGUCCUCGUCUAACUCGGUCAACUUCAGGCCGUCUGAGCGCGCCAUCAAUGAAGUGUAGAAAGCGGGACUGCCCUGUGCACUUUUCUUCACGCCUCUCCCAGAGCUUAGUUGUUCAAUGAAGAAGAAACAACCUUUUAAUGAAGCCAGUCCAUCCCACCCCAAAGUUAGUAAAGGUUAUUAUACUUUACCCCAUCUCAGGAAAAGUUGGCACGCUAUGAUUGGUCAGGACUGUAUCAUAGCUGCCAGAUAACAAAGGAGAGCCAUGUUUCUAUAAGUCAGUGAUCUUCAGGACACAGUGGUAAAAUGGUUAAAUUAAAGGUGCUGUAGGUAGGAUUGCGAAGAUCCAGGACGCAGCCAAAAAAUUUGAACGUCGACAACUUCUCAGUCCCUCCCCCCUUUCCGCUAAAGCCCAAAACGUUCUC